AUGGGUUCAGUUUCUCUGAAAAUCGGUGAUGGAACAGCAAGAUUCAAAAGAGCAUCACUUUGUUCUUCAGCUGUUAACAUUCUCAUGAUUUUCUGUGUCAUCACAACGAAUCUCUUUGCUCUCUAUGCUUUCACUUCAUCAUCUUCUUCCUCAAAAAACCACAACACCGACUACAACGUUAUUCACAACAAGAACAUCUCUCUUGUCUCAGAACAAGUGUCACUCAUUCUCAGAGAGAUUGAUUUGUCUCAAAAGAAACUAGCCCAGAUGGAAAAACAGCUUCUUGGUUAUGAAAGAUUUGAUCUUUCAAGACCCAACAUUGCUAAUGAGCUGAAAAUCUUCCUCCAGCGCCAUCAACUUCCUCUAGGUAAAGAUUCUAGAACUGGGGUCACUGAAAUGGUUGCAUCUGUUGGUCAUUCUUGUGAGAAAAAUUCAGACUUGGUGUCACAGUUCAUGAAUUACAAGCUUUCUGGAACUUGUCCUGAUGAUUGGAGUUUAGCUCAGAAACUGAUCUUAAAAGGGUGUGAGCCAUUGCCAAGAAGAAGGUGUUUUUCUAAAACUGUUUCAAAAUUAGGGUUUUUUCCUUUACCUGUUUCUCUAUGGAAGCCUCUUGGUAAUGGUAAUAACACUUUUAAUUGGAGUGGUUUGAAAGGUAAGAAAUUGAGUAGAGAUUGUGUUAAUUGUUUUGAUUUGGUUAAUGGUGGAAUUGAGAAUCAAAGGUUUUUGAAGGGUAAGAGUAAAAAUGAUUUUUUGAUUGAUGAUGUUUUAGGUUUAGGAAAUGGUGGAAUUAGGGUAGGUUUUGAUAUUGGUGGUGGUUCUGGUUCUUUUGCUGCUAGAAUGUUUGAUAGAAAUGUUACUGUGAUUACAAAUACUCUUAAUGUUGAUGCACCAUUUAGUGAAUUCAUUGCUGCUAGAGGACUUUUUCCGAUUUACUUGAGCUUAGAUCAUAGGUUUCCGUUUUACGACAAUGUGUUUGAUUUGAUUCAUGCUUCGAGUGCGUUGGAUGUUGGUGGAGGAAAGGCGGAGAAGUUAGAGUUUUUGAUGUUUGAUAUUGAUCGAGUUUUGAGGGCCGGGGGUUUGUUUUGGCUUGAUAAUUUCUUUUGUGAUAGUGAAGAGAAGAAACAAACUCUUACAAGGUUGAUUGAAAGGUUUGGUUAUAAGAAAUUGAAAUGGGUUGUGGGCGAAAAGGUUGAUAGUUUUGGAUCGGGUAAACCCGUAGUCGUGUUGUCUGCGGUUCUUCAGAAACCGGUUAGGUCGGGCUAA